AUGACCAGCGGCCCGACCGCCCCCGCACCCCACCUCACGCCCAAGGGCAAGGCCGCGCUCGACGCCCUCCUGCACGCCGAGGUCGACUCGCGCCUCGUGCCCGCGCUCACUUUCGGCGCGACCACGGCCGACGGCGAGAUAUACUUUGCGUACGCAGGCGAGCGGGUGCUCGGGGAGCCGGACAAGGGCCAGGUCGACGCCGAGACGGUCAUGUCAUACCACUCGUGCACGAAGCUCAUGACCACCGUGGCUGUGCUGCAGCUCGUCGACGCGGGGGUGCUGAGCCUGUCCGAUCCUGCCGUGGUGGAGAAGUACGCGCCAGAGCUGUACGCCGUGCCCAUCCUCGAGGGGUACGAUGAGUCCGGCAAGGCGAUCCUCAAGAAGCGCACCCAGCCCCUCACGCUCACACACCUCCUGACGCACACCUCGGGCAUGACGUACGCUUUCAUCAACGCGAACACGGCGCGCUGGGUGAAAGAAAACAAGCUGCCGGGGUACUUUGAGCACGAGGCCGGGCUGGCGGGCUUCGUCGUGCCGCUCGCUUUCGAGCCCGGGAGCAGCUGGACCUACGGCAUGGGUAUUGACUGGGCGGGGAUCAUUGUCGAGCGGGCGAGCGGGCAGACGCUGGAGGAGUACAUGUCGGCCAACAUAUGGCAGCCGCUCGGCCUGAAGAGCAUGACCUUCCUCCCCGGUCAGGACCACUUCGACCGCCUCCAAAAGGUGCAGACGCGGGACGCGAGCGGCGCCCUCGUCCCCUCGGAGCCGCUGCGGCCCAUCUGCCCCAACCCGAGCAUCAGGCAGCUGGCCGGCGGCGGCGGGGUGAUGGGCACGCCGCGCGACUAUCUGCGGUUCCUGCGGGGUAUCCUCGCGUCCCAGAACCCGACCCCUUCAGCGGACAACCCCGCGCUCUUCAGCCCGCAGGCGUUCAACACGCUCUUCACCAACGCGCUGCCGCCGCGCGACGUGACGCCCGUGUACGCGUCCUUGGAGAAAGUGACCACCAUGCAGUCGUACCACGACUCCGCGCACACUGCCAACAAUGCGCAGUCGCUCGGACACAGCGUCGGCUUGGUCCUCAACUUUGAGGAUAGCGUGCACGGGCGCAAGGCCGGUAGCGGGUGCUGGGACGGCGCGGCGAAGAGCCAGUACUGGCUUGAUCCCAAGACUGGGAUUGCGGGUAUCUGCUUCACGCAGCUCCUCACGCCCAACCCCGAACCGUUCAUGGGGACGUAUAACCGGUUCGAGCGGGCACUGUACGACGCGCUGGAGUAG